GAGAGGUGGAUAUCGAGAAGGCUCCAUGAUGUCUAGUAAUGCAUAUAGACCUAGUGAGUGUAACAGGUUUCGUAGUACAUCCUCAACAGAUAAGUUACAAGAUGCAAGACAAACACGGUUGUGUUGUACACGUUUGCAAGAAGUGCAUACAAAGGUGAACUGUGAAUCAGUGAGCAAGUUCAGUGAUAAGCUAAAUGUAAACUCCAGGCCUGACUCCGAAUUGUGUGACGAUAACGGUGCGGUGAAGAAGUCUGUAGUUGCAACUGGUAAGCCAUUGUUGAAUAGAGUGUCACAGAAUGGAGUUAUUGCUUCAGAGUCCAGUUCUGACUCCACAGGUUUACAAGGUAUUACUAGUCAGAGUGAAGUUAUAAAACCUUUUAGGAUUUGCGAGGAGGAACCAAAAUUGUCUACUUCUGUUAUUAAAGAGUUUGAAAAUGAUGAAGUUGAUGGUAAAGUGAAUAUUUGUGAUAAUGAUCAUGAUAGUGCAGAUUUGUCUUUGGUUGAUCAUGAUGAGAUGAGGGAUAUGCCUACUACUGCUAAGUUGAACAAAGUUUCUGUACAACUUGAACGUGAAGUAGAAAUAAAUGCAGAUGCAGUUGCAGAAG